AUGCCCGAUUGUUUUGUCGAGUUCGAUCUUACACAGAAAACACCAGCUGAGGAGAAUACUAGAGCUGAGGAGAAUACUGGAGCUGAGGAGAAUACUGAAGUUGAGGAGAAUACUGAAGCUGAGGAGAAUUUGGAGCUGAGGAUAAUACUGGAGCUGAGGAUAAUACUGGAGCUGAGGAGAACACUGAAGCUGACUGAGGAGAAUACUGGAGCUGGGGAGAAUACUGGAGCUGAGGAGAAUACUGGAGCUGAGGAGAAUACUGGAGCUGAGGAGAAUACUGAAGUUGAGGAGAAUACUGAAGCUGAGGAGAAUACUGGUGCUGAGGAGAAUACUGAAGCUGAGGAGUAUACUGGUUCUGAGGAGAAUACUGGAGCUGAGGAGAAUACUGAAGCUGAGGAGAAUAAUGGAACUGAGGAGAAUACUGGAGCUGAGGAGAAUACUGGAGCUAAGGAGAACACUGGAGCUGAGGAGAAUACUAGAGCUGAGGAUAAUACUGGAGCUGAGGAGAACACUGGAGCUGAGUAG